AUGCUGGGGCUGCCCCCGCCCCCCUUCCUGGUGCCGCGCAGCCUGGAGAGCAUCGAGAUCGACCAGAAGCUGCAGGAGAUUAUGAAGCAGACGGGGUACCUGACUGUGGGGGGACAGCGGUACCAGGCAGAGAUCAAUGACCUGGAGAACCUGGGCGAGAUCGGCAGCGGCACCUGCGGGCAGGUGUGGAAGAUGCGCUUCCGCAAGACCGGGCACGUCAUCGCCGUCAAGCAAAUGCGGCGCUCGGGGAACCGCGAGGAGAACAAGCGGAUCCUGAUGGACCUGGACGUGGUGCUCAAGAGCCACGACUGCCCCUACAUCGUGCAGUGCUUCGGCACCUUCAUCACCAACACCGACGUGUUCAUUGCCAUGGAGCUCAUGGGCACCUGCGCAGAGAAGCUCAAGAAGCGGAUCCAGGGCCCCAUCCCCGAGCGCAUCCUGGGCAAGAUGACGGUGGCAGUGAGUGGCACUGGGACA